AUGAGUAGCAGUGAUGCAAUUGAAAAUCGUGCUAUGGUCGACUUUGUGUCACAUUUCAAGUGGACAAACCUAGCAGUGUUAACAUCCCGGAGUGAUUUUGGACUUAACGGUUUAGUUAUGUUCAAAGACAUUGCCUCUCACAAGGGAUGGACCUUUCUAGCCGUGGAAAGUUUCCAAGAGUUUAGUAACGCGUCAAAGGUAAACGCGACGAAACAACUUCUACACAUAAGAAGUCGAGGUGCUAGGAUCGUUUUGGUAAACUGCAUCGCCAGCAACGUUCGCACAAUUCUAAAACAAGCCAGUGAUCUUGGAAUGAUUGAUGGAUGGGUGUGGCUUGUCACAAAUGGAGCAUUUGCCCUUGAUGGACUUUAUGACAAUGGGCAACCCAUACCGAGGUAUCUUCAAGGUAUUGUAGGCAUCAGGAAUUCGUUCGGUGGAAGCAAAGAAUACGAAAAGUUUAAAAGCAUGUGGGAAGGAAAAGGAUACGAAAAAGCACCUCUUGAAAGAGAUUCGACUGUGGGACAUGUCUUUGACUCAGUCUUGGUUUUGGCAAAGGCAAUUCACAACAUGGUCGAAGACGGUCACAAUGUAACAAGCACAAAGGGCUUGAAGUUUGGUGCAGACAAAGGCGAGGGAUCCUCAUUUAGUGAAAUUGGAGCCACUCUUUUAGAUUACAUCACAAAGGUCAAUACUUCUGGUGUCAUAGAUCGCAAGCUCUUUGGCACUAACCGCUCUCCAUCCGAAGCAAGAUUUGACAUCGUCAACAUGCGCUCGUAUGGUUUUGAGACAGUUGCUCGAUGGGACUCAAUUAAUGGGCUGGUAAUGGACACAAAAAAGGAGAUAAUAUGGUCGUCUGGGAAAACGAUCGCUCCUGUGGACACCUCCGUAUCUUUGGAAAAUCGGACCAUAACAGUUGUCACCAUUGAAGAAAAACCUUUUAUCGUGCGAAGGUCGUCCACAUACACAGGAAAACCCCAAUUACAAGGUUAUUGCAUGGAACUACUGGAAGAACUAAAAAAAAUUUUAAAAUUUUCGUACGAAAUAUACCUGGUGCCAGACAAUAGCUACGGUUCACAGGACCCAAUCUCUAAAGAAUGGAAUGGAAUGGUUAAGGAGCUGAUCGAGGGAAGAGCUGAUAUGGCUGUGGCUGCGUUUACAGUUAGCUCAGAAAGACAAAAAGUCAUCGAUUUUACCCAGCCUUUUAUUGAUCUAGGACUGACGGCCCUUGUUAAAACUGUCAUUGACAAAGUUGAGUAUUAUACGUUUUUCAAACCUUUUCAUCUUCAUUUGUGGUUGGUGAUACUCGCUGCCACAUUGACAAUUGGCUUUCUAAUUUGGCUUUUUAGUACUGUUAGUCCCUAUGGAUUUUAUGGUAGAUGCCUUAACGUAGCCAAUCGUAAAAUACCAAAGGAGUACGAGAAGCAAAAACACAAUCUUUGCCUAACUAAUGCAUUAUGGACAUCUGCAAUGUACUAUGUCGGCAAAACCUCUGACAGUUUGCACCCAGUUUCGGCUUCUGGAAGGACCGUUGUCACAGUUUGGUGGUUUGCAAUUGGGAUCCUUCUCUCGGCGUAUACAGCAAAUCUAGCCGCGUUUCUCACUUUAAAAAGGUUUAGUUCUCCAAUAAGCAGCAUGGAAGACCUUGCAGGCCAGGAAUCUAUUUCGUAUGGUACCGUUAGUAACAGCCAGCCACAGGCGUUCUUUGAGUCAUCUCCUAUUCCCGUAUUCGUGACUAUGUGGCAGUAUAUGAAGUACCAUCAUACCCUCGUCGCCAGCAGUGAUGAAGGAAUUAGUAGGGUGAAGAGAGGUAAUUUCGCCUUCAUUUGGGACUCUAUCGUCUUGGAGCAUUCAGUGCACUCUGCUGAGCCUUGUGGGUCUCUAACAACCAUCGGUAAGCUGUUUGGCAAGAUUGGUUACGGUAUUGGCCUGCCUAAGGGCUCUAAAUACACAAAGCAGUUAAGCCAAGUAAUCUUACAACUGCGCCAGGAUGGCUUCAUGGACAACCUUGAACAAAAGUGGUUGCAUACUCAUGAGGACUGCUUCACAGCUCAGGAAUACCUUAGCAGUGAUAGCGGCAUACAAUUGGGAUUGAAUGACAUGGCGGGAGUCUUCAUAAUUCUUGGCGCUGGUGUUCUAGUAAGUCUUAUUGUGCUUGUCUUUGAGUGGGUUUUGGCAUCGCACUUGACAAAAAACGAAAAUGAUCCGAACGCACCUCACACGCUGUGGGACGCACUAAAGACGCGAAGGCGUAGCACAAUGGAAGACUUUAGACUUCGAGAUGAUCUCCCUAGAAUUUCAUGGUCUAUUGGUAGCCAAAUGAGGACCAGAAUGAGUCAAAUCGAAACAUUUAUCGCGGGAUUUUCCGCAGGGCGUGGCAGAGGAAAAGGAAAAGUGAGUCCGGAAAAAGAUUUCUUGGAGGUUAGGUCGGUAGAGAACAAAUCUGAAAGUGUAGAAAGCUGCAAUGAAAGUAUUAUAAUCCAAGAAGUGUAAUAAAUAGUUGACUUCCAGCCAGAAAGACUUGCUGUUAGAGGAUUGGAAGAAUAUAACUAUUUUUUAUUAAAAUUUAAUAUUGACUCACAUUUUGGACACUUCUCAUGUUUGAAUGUAUAUACCAAGAUCCGUGCAUGAGUAUGUCCUUUGAUUUAUACGUUUGAUUUUCUAUCAAUUUCAAGUUUUUUCUUCCAAAGGAUUUGAACUAUUGUGGAUGCCCUUUGCAGCAUAUGCUUAUACUGGGAAAGCUUCCUUUUUUUUUUUUUUUACUGAUCAGCGAGAAGAUAAGAUGUAGGAGAACCAGCAAAGAGCCAGACAAUUGAAAGUAAUUAGUGAUCAACAUUUAUUUUUUUCUCGCAACUUCUCAUACACCAACUAGUAAAUAAGUGAUUAAAUUACACCAACUCAGUAUCGUCUGAAGCGUAUUAUUUUUAUCUAACGCCUAACUCUGUUAACUAAUGACAGUAGAGCUGCUAAAAAGGAGAAUUUCGAUUCAUAUCAAAUGGGAUUUAAUAGCCUUGGUUACUUAUUACAAGCCAAUUUAGAAAAAAAUACUAUUAAAAUCUCAUUAUGUUCAACUAUACAUGAAACCGCGCUUGCCUUAGAAAACUCAUCUUUUUUUAAGCGUGCUUAGAAAUAACAAUUUUCUUGACCACCUAGGAGAGAAAUUAUAACCGGUUAAAAAAAAAAUUAAGUGCCAUCUUGCGAGAUUUUAUUGCAGACAAAUUUAUUUUAUCUCAGGGAUUCACAGCUGCUUGAAACUAACCAGUUUCAAUUUCCGUUGAGGUUUUUAAGGUAGCAACGAAGCAGCGAAAUAGCGAAGCCGUAGAGUACUGGAAAGGCUGUCGCCAUCGUUCGAAGCGGCUUUUCUAUAGCAGCUGCGAUAACUGAUAUGAGUUUUAUUCUAAUAUACCUUUGACGCUAUAGAGAUUAAAUACAGGAAAGUAAUCACUGUUUUUUUUUUGCAGCAGUGCAUGAGAUAAGCUGUCACAAACAAAAGAUUAGUUAUAUAAGGCGGCGACUCGAUGACGCUUUAACAUUUUCUUCAGUUGAGGGAGAAAAACUAUUGGUAGAGAACCUCUGAAUAGUAUUUUAAGUUAGGAAACAGUUAGUAGAUGAUGCUGAGCCAAAGUUAUUAUCGGAAACAUUAAACUGCUGAGUCGAUUGGAUAAUUACUGUGGCCACGUCAACUGAUGGAAUAAACAAAGAAAAACGGAACUGCUUCAGGCCAACUACUGAAAUACAAACCUUGCGCUGAUGGAAUCGCUAGUUCUCCAAAAAAAAUAAUGCGAGUGUCCAACGAGAUGAAGUGUCAAUCCCACACGCAAUAUCAAUCUUACUUCGACAAUGUGGUUCAUUGCAGCUGAUUUAUUGACACAGAAAUUGUCUAAAUUGGAGACCUCGUUAAAUGUGAUUGGUCUUUCGCAUGACAAGGUGAUGAAUCAAGGACUUCUUUUUUAAAUGUACGUCGAAUGGCGCAGCUGGAGAGAUAAGGUAGCCUCCAAGUGAUACUUUCCGCCUUGAAGAGACAUAAUGCUCAGCCUGAACAUAAUGGACGACGGCGAAAAUGGAAAUACAAUCAUAAAGUGUAUUAUCUUUUAAGACUAUUUUGCGCAUGAUCACUGUAUAAUCCAAUUCUGAAACUGCGACAAAGGCUUUGAGAAUGGCAAGCUCUAAGCAGAAUAAUAACCCUAGGGCAAGCAAACGGAUAGACUACAGUUCAAAUCCGUGUUAUUUUGCCGCUAUAUUUGAUCGUUUUUACAAUAUGAGAUCUAAUAUGGAACUUUGCGAUGUGACAUUGAAAGUAGGCAAUGUAACGUUUGCUGCUCACCGCUUGAUUCUCGCUGGCAACUCGCCGUACAUACGAAAUAUCUUUGCUUCGGAAAAUUCUGGAACACUUCAACAAGAAAUUGCUUUGCCAAGCAUUUUUCGAGAAGACACCGUGAGAUUGAUUUUAGAUUAUUUCUACUCUGGCAACUUGGUAAUUAACACAGACAACUGCGAAGAGCUUCUUUCACUGGCUUCCCUCUUACAGGUUUGACAUGAUUUUGUUUAAAUAAAUUGAACUUUAAAUUUCAACCAUCAUUUGUCGUUGGACACAAUAUGAUUUACACAAGAAAAUUUUCUUUUUACAGUGAGAAAGAUUUUCAACUUAAGCCUGAUAACUUAGCAUAUUACAUUUGUAACAUGAACAAGUAACUAUCAGCCGGACAAAAUGACUUUAUUAGCAGUGUGAUGUGAAAUGUUUUCUCCCGUCUCUGAAAGAGCAACAUUUCUUGCAUAUGUAAUAUUUGCUUUAGGAUGAAUGUACUGAUGCUCAUUUUCUUGAAAUUUCGUAUUUGAUUUUUUCCGGCGGAAUUCGACGUCGGCGUAUUCCAACUGAUGUGAAUUUGUGAAUCGGAUCCAGUUGAAGUGUGUCAUAACUUUUGGUCAGCAUAAUAUUGAAAAAGUAAUUUCGUUCCGUUGAGGUGACAAUAUGAGCAGUAUUGUCGGCUGCCUCGUUCGAAUUUUCAUAUUAUAAUCGUAAUUAAACCUGAUGUAAUUCGAUAACUAAUAAAACUUUGUAACGAAUUUUGAUAACAAAACUGAAAUGAAAGAGUUCAUUUCCGAGUUGUUCUCUUAGGAAACAUUGACCACGAAAAAGGGAGAAAAACACAUGAUUUACGUUAGAAACGUUUGUAAUCUCCAGAUGUUGGUUGUAUCAGUAACAUGAAAGAAUAGUUUCCAUUAGUAACCGAGACACAGAGGGAAAAAUUUAACCAGAGACGAAUUCAAAUUAACCAUGAUUUGCUCCUUUUUGACGCAAUUACAGUUCCUUUCAACAAUUUUCCUGCCUUUCCAAAUAGUUCAUUCAAAAAGCGCAGGUGAAGAAGAAAAACCAAGGGCAACAAAUUUUAUGGACAUGUGUCAAAUGCUGUCCGCCGGUCUUGUGUUCAGAUCUCAUGACUCGCUGUUUAUUUCUGUAAAAGGCAAAGAAAUAUUGAACGAAAAUAUCCUGUGGUGUAGGAAAUAUGUUUCGUUCUCUAACUCGAAAAUUAAUUGACAAAAAAGCGCUCUUAAUGCGGGAAAAAAUCAUUGCGAAGUUGGGACAAGCUCGAAUAUAACUUACUCCACAAAGCCGAAACAUGUUGAUUUUCUCUCGAUAAGCUGAAAAACAAUGAUUUUGGCAUUUUUCUAACCGCGAUUUAAAAUUUCCGUUAUUCGAAACGGGUCUUCAUGGUCUUGUCCACAUGCGUAGGCGUGUCUAUCGAGUGGCAUGAAAACCAAAACCAGAGUUAUCACACCGUCCAAUCAAAAAAAAGCUAAAGAUUCCGAGUGGCCAAUGAGAAAUCGGAUUAAAAUGCAGGUGAACGGUACAAACGUGGGAAAAGGAUAGUAGGCAAAUAGCUGGAGUAAGUUUCUAAAGAAACUGUGGUGCUGCGUCGGUGGGAGAGUAUAACAGGGACCUGGAUAUCUUUACCUUUCUCCUGCUUGGAUAAAAAGCAGUCACUAAGCCCUGGCCGUAUUUGAAAUCGCUCACUAAACUUCCAACUUACUCUGCAUUAUCUUUUAGCUGAAUUUCCUGCAACCUAUUCAUAGGGCCAAUUCCUAUUAAGAUCAAAAUGUCAUAUUCAUUUCUUGUAGAUACAAGAAAUUGUUGAAGAACUCCAGGAAUUUGUCAUUUCAAACCUUCAAGCAUCCAACUGUCUGCGGUUUCAAAGCUUAGCCCAUAAACUUAAACUUACAAAUUUCAAAGCUAAAAUUGACCGUUUUGUUGACUGGAACUUCAAGAACCUACUUAAAGAGCCUGACUUUUUGGCAAUGUCCGCUGAGCACCUAAUCGAAGUAAUUGGAAGCGAAAAUAUACGAGUUAAACGCGAGGAGACUGUGUACGAGGCAGUUUAUAGGUGGUUCAGACAGGACCCAAAUGGAAGGUAAGCUGUUUUAUAAACAAAUAGAAAUAACGGUGGGUCGGCGCACAUUUAGGAACGUAUUAUACAAAGCUGAAGUGGGGGAUACGUCAGUGGAUCAUGACAAAUGGUCUUGGAACAACUAGCGCUUCGGAAAGCGAAGCAAUGGCUUUCACCACUGACAUAUGAAGACGACUUAUAUAAUUAAGAGCUAAGAAAUGAAAAUUUACAAGAAAUUCCUAUGCAAGUUUCCAAAAGUCACACCACGAUAAAAUUUACCUGAUCCCCCCCCCCAUAGGCCUCUGUAACAUUGUUACGAUUUCCCUUCAUUGGCCAAUUAAUCGGCGGUCAUUUUUAAACAGAACCCUCCCUAUACUCUGUUGGGAACGACCAAUCCCGCCUCCGUUCUCCCUGAAAACCAUGUGUUCCCCUCCUAAAAGAUCCUUCGCACCCCACCCCCCUACCCCUGGUCCCAUGGAAGAUACAUGAUAACAGAAAGGUUUCCUUUUUUGGCAGAGCAAGCAAGGCAGAAAGAGUGUUCAGGGAGAUCCAUUUUGAACAGAUCCCGUCAAAGUACCUCACCAAAGAAAUCGUUCCAAAUCUUUGUGAAAAGUACAAUAUUUGCGUCGAUCGGGUGAGGGAGGCUUUAGACCAACACGCAUCUGGGAACAACACACUCAAAACACAAACAUCUAAAUCAGAUUUUGCAAGAAAGCCACAAGACGUGAUCUAUGUUAUUAGCUGUAGAACAAACCUCGUGGAACGAUUCGAUUCGGUGACUUGCGCAUGCGUGCGCUGCCAUGAGAUGACAGGACCGACGGGAACCGUAGAGAGUUUGAGCGAAAACCGCUACGCAGUUGUCGUGGGACAUGAACUGUAUUGCGUGUGCAGUAGCAAAGUUGACAAGUUUAAUUUGUUGGAACUUUGCUGGACUGAAGUGGGUGAAGGUGAGAUUGAGUGCUCUGUAUUGCACGACUGAAAUUUCCGCACAAUAGUUAUAGAGUUUAAUAGAACGUUACCUAAUGAAAAAUGCCUUGCCUGCUUUUGUAAUGGAUGGCUAUGAAACGGGUAAAUAUUCCAGAUCAGCGCACGCUUGGUGAGGGUUCAUCAUCUUGCUUUAAUUGGGAUCGUGAAAAGGACUAUUUCGAGUCCUGUUGUUCUCUGUGGCAUGUAAACUACCUCAGUGCCCCUCCCAAUUUUUACCACAAGGUGUAAGGAGCCAUCAGAGGUGAUUUCCUUGGCACAGGUUCACUUCUCUUUUUCUGCUUUGUUAAGGUUUAGCAAAAUGUUGUUUCUUUUAGUGUUAGAUUUAUGUCUUUGAUAUAUAAAAAAAUUAUGUUACAGGUGUUGACGUCCGUGAUUCAGGUGUUUGUGCAGGAAAAGAUUGUAUUUUUGUGGUGGGUGGAAGGCAGAAAGGAGAAUCAGCUUAUGAAUUCAAUCUGGAAACACAGGAGUGGACAGAUCUUCCAAAUAUGAGUAACAGCAGGCGAUGUCCAGGUAUUUCCCAAUUGUUUUAUCGCAAAGACAAGUCACUUAACUCUUACGCAACCUCUGUCCCUCUCUAAUAGUAUUUUCAUUCACAGGUGUGACAUUUUUGUCUAGUAAACUGUACGUGAUUGGUGGACACAGCCCAGAUGGGGCCUUAGCCUCCAUCGAACGCUAUGACACAAAACAAGAAAAGUGGACCUCUUUGAAGUCAAUGAACUUCCCGCGUUUUCUUUUGAGAGCAUGCGCGAUAGAUGGGCUGGUAUAUGUUGUGGGCGGCAGGAACAACGAGCGGAGCCUGGACACGAUAGAGGUGUUCGACCCGAAGGCAAAGAGCUGGACCAUACUAAAUGAAAAAAUGCAAGACUCAAGGAAUGAUUUUGGACUUGUAACACGAGAUAAUCAGAUCUUCUGCAUCGGUGGACGUGGUGUGAAGUCAAUUGAGUGUUUUGAUGUGGUAGCUAAGCAAUGGAAAAAUGUUGGCUCGACGGGAGAGAAUAACUUUAGCAUGAGUUGCGUGUUUUAUCUGCCAUUUUAGGAAAACAGUUUAAAGACAGGUAUAAGCCAUAAAUCAAAAAUUUGUGAUAUGACACCUGUAAAGCGAGCAGGCCGACACAGUGCGAAACUAAAAACUAUAGAGUUUCAAAAGGAAUUUUCUGCUGACCGUAUUGAACAUUAUCAAAAUACUAUAAAGUAAUAUGUUCUAGCUCUCCGAAUGCACUGAUCUAUAGACAUUGUAGUUGAGUAGCGCCCUUUGUAUGAAAUGGCUACUUUUUCGGAUGCUUAGUUAAAUGGGAAUCAAAAGGUAAGAGGAGGAACUUUAAAGAGAGUUACAACGGAAGGUAGACAGUAUCAUUAGUGUGUUUGGUUUUUAUGAUAGCAAACUGUAGUGCGGAACCUUUGAUUAAACGUGGCUCACGCGGUGUGUUGAAAUGAUUCAAGCGAGUGCAACACUGGCACUAUGACAAAACUAACUUGCGAGUAGGCCUCGUCUUCGCGCUGCAGGACGAUAUAAAGGGAAGUUUACAGGGGGUCUGGUACUAAUAGUGCCACAUUAUCAUUGCUAGACCCCUUGCAGAAGAGCUCUCGCCGGCCAGCGUUGAUCAAGGCCUCCUACUUUCCCGCAGGCGAAAAAACGCUCUUGGCGAAGCGUAAAUGAUGGGAACCUGCUCGCAGGUUAUAACAAGAGGGUCUCAGCCCAAACGUUGGAAAGAAAGGAAUGUUUCGAUAUACCA